AUGUCAAACUAGGAAACAGCAGUUAUUAAAGCUACUGACGGUCGUUUGCAGCUCCAGUUUGGCCCCAACCGACUUUUGCAUUCAAUGGCUGUAUCAGAAGGGUCAAGCCUUCAGGAUUGUUCUACACAUCAAACAGAUCACAGCCAGGAGGAACCAUCAAAUCCAGAUAGCUACAAAUCCAAGAGUAAAACCAAUUCUUGUUUUAUGUCGGCAUCCAAGAGAAACAGAGCUGUCAGCGUGCCAGUGGGUCAGCUGAGAGUAUCAAAGUCCUCUCUGAAAUUUAAGCCACCCCAUAAUUGCCAUGAAUUGUCUCAGAGAUAUAAACUUCAACCAGGAGUUAUUAGAGUAACAGCUUACAAAACUGGAUCUGAAACAGACUUUGCCAAAAUUAUUUUGCUGGAAGAGUAUACAGACAAGCUGAGUCUGAACAUGGCCGCACAACGAGUCUUCUUGGCAGAUGGCACGAAAGUCCUCAAACCCGAAAAUAUACCCCAUGAAGCCAACGUUUAUGUUGCAACAGGACAGCUCUUUUUAGAUCCAUUCAAAAAAAAAUUUAAAGAUCAUUUACUAUUGAUUAAGGAAGUAACUUGGACAAUGCAUGGGUUGAUGCCUCCCACUGAUGCCAAAAGACAGAAAACGAAGUCCGUUCUUUCCAGAAGGAUGAAGACACUUACUCAGAAGACGUCAGUGUGCAUUCUGGUCUUUAAGAAUGGCAUAGGGCAGGAUGGGCAUGGGAUUAUAGUGGGAAAGGAAACAACGAGAAAGGAUUUGUUUGCAUGCACAAUAAAAAUUAAUCUAGAUUUCCCAGACAUGGAUGGCAGAAAAAAUGGCGACAUCUCAAAAGUUUCUCUGCUUGAAAAAUGCCUGCAAAAUUCCAUCAGUCCUUUGAGGGGACCACUUUGGGUCUCUAAGGGAGAAGGUUUCAGACCCUUGGGGGCUAAGAUGCACGUCCAAGGAAUUCUUGGGGCCUUGUAUCAACGGUUAAAGUCUGCAAAAAAAAAUUAUUACAAGCAGGUAAGUUUGGUAUUGGAUAAUUCUAAAAGCAAAGUCCCAGAAAAGGCCAUUCUUUCCGUGACACAAGAGGAAUGCCACAUGUUACAAGAAAAUGUGAGCAUGCUGAUGGAUGAAUUGCAGACAGCUAUCAAAAGCAACAGAGGUCAUCUCACUAAGCUUGGCCCCCAAUUACAGGCUGAGCAGGAGCAGUUCUCUUAUGUCUGUCAACACAUUAAAAGCCUUCCAGCAAACAGUGUGGUCCCAGGAGGCCUGCAACUCAAGGUGUAUGAAAAUGGUAAAGAUAUCGGAGAGAUUUCUGUUUACUACCAUAGAAGAGAUUUAGAGUCUGAUAGCCAAAUUCAAAGUGAUGAUACAAUGCAAAGACUCCUUCUCAGAAUCCACCAGGAGCAGCUUCAAGGUUCCUCCAUCAGGUCACAAGGCCUCCAUUUUUCUUCAGCCCGGAUUUUCGAUCAAGAGAUUAAGAGUCUACCGCAGCUGAAGAAUGGGCAAAAAAGGGGGCUUUCUUAUGGGAAAGCAUACAGAUCUCCACUAAAUCCCGUUUUGGCUUUGACCUUUGCCCGAGUGACUGCUUUUGACAGAGAUGGUAUUACUGCUGUAUGUAAGACCCUAAUGGAUGCUGAUGCUGUUCCACUAUUUGGAUUAUCUUAUUGUUCUUGUUGGGAAAUUUACGAGGGAUUGCCAGUGAACUUUGACUGCACCAGACAAAAGAUCCCUGAUUGCUUUGAAAAAGUGGCCUUGGAGAUUCACUUCCUACACGAGAUGGAUCCCAAUAUUGUUCAUUAUGCCUCUGUUUCCAUCAGAAAGUACCAUUCCUCAAGGAGUGAAGUCAACAGCAAGAAUCAGAGAGUGUCCUGGCCUUCAGCCAGCAUGUGGCUGAUCACCAAGGCUGGGAUGAUCCUGAACAGAGCGAUAACUCAGGGCUGCCUGACUGUUGGUCAUCCAGUCUGAGUUGAGACCACCCAGGGAAUAUCACUAGAAGGAUAUGAGUGACUGCUGUAGAAAUGACAUGAAGGAGGAGAUGAGUCCCAGAAGCAGAUCUUAGGAACAGAUGACAAUAUUUAUUCUAAGGCUUAUCCUCAGUUUGCCCUGACUUACCGAGAACUUAACUGCUCAGUGGAUGUGAGCCAGACAGAGGACAAUAUCGCCCAUGGUUUCUGGACCACUGCUCAUCAAGAACACUGUGUAGAAGAGGGUUUGCAGAAACACAUCAACAGCCCUUUACUGAAGCAGCUGCCAGAGCCCUCAGACACUUAGGUGGUGCCAGAAGGCUCUCUUGAGGAGACAGAGAGGCUGCCAGUGCUGCUGCUGCAGAAGCUGGAAGGGAGGGAUCCCAGGGCUCCUGCUCAGACGUGAGCCAUAAAACAUAAAGGGACCCAUAAGCCCAGCCAGUGGAAAUACUCCAAAGUUGACAGUCCUCUGUAGAAUAAGCUUACACACAUGUGGCCAGUCCUCCCCAGUGGCAAGCUUACUGAGUUGUAUGACUGGCCAGUAGAAGGACUGUUGGACACAAACAGCUCUCCCAUGAAGAGGAUGGCAAGUAAGAUACCAGAUCUGCAUGUCCCUAUGCGACUCCGAGUUCUAAGGAAUGGAGAGAAGAAAAACAUCAGACCCCUGGUGAUUGGCCCGGACAUCUCACCUGGAUGGAAAUCACAGUGCACUGACAUUUUGAACUUACCUUCUGCUGCUCGGAGACUUUUCAGUGAAAAGGGGAAGGAACUUUUUUCCCUGAAAGACCUACAGCGAGAUGAACUGGUAUAUGUUUCAUGUGGAGAACACUGGGUCAAUCCCGACCUCUCCAUUGCUCAGCAAAGGAGGCAAGUCUUCCUAAGGAGCCUCGAGUUUGACAUUUCUAAGAUUAAAACCUUUUGCAGCAUGAGCAAGGUGGAAGCUCUUGUUUUAGAAGUCCAAAGUGACCUUGUGUGUGGGGGCAAGCUUGCUGUGAAUAAACCUGCAGAGAGUUAUGAACAGGAAAAGCAAGUGAAAGGACCAGAAGAGAGGCACAUAAAAAAUGUUGCUUUAAUAACAGGAGAUGCUCCCAGAGAGACUCUAGAUUCUCAUGCAAGAGCCCACCUCCGCAUGGAAGCCUGUCGCAGGACGUUCAAGUAUGCUUGGCAAGACCCUACGUACAACCUUGCUGCUGAUGGCAGUCUUCCAAAGAAAGCAGAGAAAGAGCUCUUUGAAAAUGUGCAGCCCCCAAAGAAACACAGCCAUGUCCCAAAGCAUAGCAGAUCAUGGAAGCUAUGUCACCAGGAGUUUGAAUACAGAGAUGGGCAAAUCAUCAGCCUCGCUGCUCCUCAGCUGGUCCUGGGGGUACAAGUCUCUAAACCCCGUUCAGGCACAGAGGUCAUUUUGGUGGAAAAGAGAUCUGAUGAAAGUCGCCAACACUGGACACACAAGGCAGACAGCAGGACCUUUCACCUGGUGAGUAACCCAGACCUUGUACUGGCAGUGUCUAUGACCAAAGCUAAAAAUGAAGCCCGUGGCUAUCCAGUUAUCAUUCAGAAGUAUAAACCACACAGCAAUGGGGCUGCCAAUCAAAAGUGGGAUUACGUGGCGAAUAAGAGAGCUUUGAUAGCCUUUCACAGCACCGCCCUGGAUAAGGAAAUCACAGCGGCUAAUUUUUCUGACCUUUGCACAUCAUCUGUCACUAAAGAAAACAUUGAUCAACCUGGAUACUGUUGCCUCUCACCUGAUGGGAAGAGAAAUCUCAUGCUCUGCCUGGCUUGCGGGAGGUCCAUGAGGGCGAAAAAGGAGCUGAAAGAGCUGCUUCCAAAGGCUCCAUUCUCCUGUGUUUCGGGCUCGGAGGAGGAGAAGCUCCGGCCACCAGGGCCUUUCAAAGUCAUCAGUGUUGCCAAGGCUGAUUUAUCUUCUUCCGAAGCUGAAGACACUUUAAGAUAUUAUGAAAAGCGUCUGUCAUCUUUACGGAUGAAGACAUGCGCAUGCACUCCAUCUCACGGUGGUGCGGUAGCUUCGUACCAGAAGGUGGUGAAAAUAACCGCAUACAAAAAUGGGGAUGGAUAUCGGAAUGGGAAGUUAAUUGUGGCUGGAACAUUCCAUGGGCUUCUUGCAGAGUGCACAGAACGACUUCAACUCACCAGAGCAGCUUCCAAAAUCUACACCAGAGAUGGAACUACCAUCCUCACCUUGGAUGGCUUGGUUCUGUGGGCUAUAGGUGAACAACUUAUCCAGACAGACCCUACGGGGCAAAAGAAAAGCACAGAGUCUGUUGGGACAGAAGACAUAGCUGUUCAAACUACAGAAGAAAGCUCAAGAAUGAAAGCAAAGAGCAGACUGGAUUGUGUGGAGGGCAUAGAUAAGUCCCUGCUUGCUCAUGUUCUCAGACGCCCUGUUGCUGUUUGGGUGUCUUGUGGUGAGCCAUUUCUGCCUCUAAAUGCUCCAUGGAAAUCAGAAAAAUUAAAGAAACAAGGCUGUCUGAAGAGGGACAAAAUUUUGGCUGAUUUGGACACCAUGAAACACAAGAUGCGACAGUUGAAAGGGCGGCGAGUAACAGCAUGUCAGCCAGCCACGAUGGUUCCAACCCAAAGCCCUCUGCAGCCAGUGGUGGUUGAAGGAGGCUGGACUGAGCAGACUCAAGAGGAAAUGAAGCUCAUGGAACUGAUAAGAGAGACAGAGGCACGCCUUUCUGAAGACCAAGAGCUGCAGUCCAGACGCUCUCUGAUCGGAGCUCUAUGUAAAGCAGAGAGGCAGCACAGCCUGUACGAGGCUCCCCGAGUGAAACGCGUGUGGGCUUACCAGAAUGGAGGCAGACACGCCGAUGGCACUUAUGUCCAGGCUGGUGCUCUGUCAGAGUUGCUGGAUGGUUGCACUGUGCGUCUGAAAAUGUCCCACCCAGCCAAAACACUUUAUACCUCAAAUGGGGAGCUCAUUGAGUCAUGGGACGACAUAGAGAGGGGUAUGGCUGUCUGCGUGUCUGCAGGACAUGGCUUUAUAACCUCAAAAGAAAAAAAGCAAAUGAUGGAAGUGAAAGCAAAUUAUGUCCGGAUCCUAAGGCAGCAGGGCCCAGAGGCCACAGACAUUGUGGUGUCGCCAUCCAGGAAGCUACUGUCUCUCCUGCAGCUUCCCAGAUGA